AUGCAUUUUCCCGCUUCAAUUGCCCUGCUGGGCCUUGCCUUGCCGUCGGCUUUGGCUCUUUGCCCAUAUGCAGAGCAGAUGAACCUUGAGAAGAGGAACACGCCCUCUCCGCAUGCGCACGAACCGCGCAAGGCGGCGUCGUCUGACAAGAAGGGAAUCUUCUACAUGAACCGCAUUGCUCCCGGGACAUCAGAGCUUUAUGUUGCCAAUGUUGAUGGCACUGAUGAACGUCCUCUCCUCUCCAACUCUAUCUAUGAAUACCAUGCCACCUUUUCCCCCGAUGGAGAAUGGAUCACCUUCACCGGAGAGCGCAAUGGUGACGGUAAUUCGGAUAUCUACCGCGUCCGGACCAACGGGUCUGACCUUGAGGAGUUGGUAGCAACCUCCUCGGUGGAAGACGGAGCUGUCGUGUCUCCGAAUGGAAAGCAAGUCGCCUAUGUGUCCACUGCCAAUGGUUACAAGGCCAACAUCUGGGUCCUGGAUCUGGAGAGUGGCAAGAAAUGGAACCUCACAGAUACCGUCUCGACUGCCGCCAAUACUUCUCUUCCUGAUGGCUAUUUCCGCCCUUCGUGGUCUCCCGACGGCCAAUGGAUUGCUUUCUCGUCGGACCGUAACACUGGCUGGUACGGACACGGAGACCCCAUCUUCCAAGGUGUCACCGGCUGGGAACAUACACAGGAGCUGUCCAUCUAUGCUAUCCGCCCCAAUGGAUCUGAUUUCCGUCCCGUCGUGUCGAAGUCUGGUUACUGUCUUGGUUCGCCCAAGUGGUCUCCCGAUGGCGAGCGUAUUGUUUACUACGAGAUGACUCGUGAGAACACCUGGAACGCUCACCGUCCUGAGUCACUCAACUCUGCCAACUCCAGCAUUGUCUCCGUGGAGUUUGCCACAGGCGCUAACCGUCGCGUGGAAGCCGAGGGAACUGGCGUGAAGCUCUUCCCUCAAUAUCUCCCCAACGGCACUAUCGCCUACGCCGGCAAGGGUUCCGGUAUCGAAGGACUCCACACCACUGCCGGUGGAUACGUGAACACCACUAGCGAGAUUAUCCGCUCUCCUGCCUGGUCUCCAGAUGGCAAGAAGGUCGUCUAUGAGAAGAACGCCUGGACUAUCCGUCCUAUGGACAAGAAGUUGUACAGCUGGGACACGGAGUGGGAAUAUCGCUUCACCGACGUCUUCCCCCAGUUGUCCAGCACCAACAAGAUCGCUCUGACUGAGAAGCAGCUUGGAAACUCCUCCAUUGUUUCCUUCAACGCCAACGGAACCGACGAGAGCCUAGUCUACAAUGACAUGGAAUCCGACUUCAUUGACGCGUCGUCCGUCGCCAAGGGCACCGCAGGCGCCUUCAACCCGGCCUGGUCGCCCGAUGGCAAGUGGGUCUCCUUCGGAGUCGGCUUCUGGUUCCAAGGCCGCGCCACCGGCGGCGGCUGGCUUGUACGAGCCACUGCCAAUGGCUCGUACUCCGAAGUCCUGUCCGAGAGCACCACAACCCUCAGCAGCAACAGCAGCGUGAUCAACUCCGGCUUCCCCAGCUUCUCGCACGACGGCAAGAAGAUCGUCUUCCGCAUUUGGGGAACAAACUCCACCCUGGGCGACAGAUCCCAGCUCGGACUCCGUGUUCUGGAUCUGGAGACCCGUAAGACCACUGUCUUGACCAAUGAGUGGGAUAACCUGCCUUCCUUCUCCCCCGAUGGAAAGAGAAUCGUCUUUACCCGCAAGACCAGUGAUUACAACUACGAUAUCUGCACUAUGCGUCCUGAUGGAACUGAUGUCAAGGUUCUCACUAGCAGUGGUGCCAAUGAUGCUCAUGCCAUCUGGACUUGGGAUGGUCGCAUUGCCUACUCUUCCGGCAUGUUCGGCUUCCAGUACGAGUGUGCUCUCUAUGAUCAGACUUUCCAGCCUUAUGGUCAGGUCGUCGUUAUGAAUGCCGAUGGCUCGAAUAAGCGUGUGCUUACUGAUUCGAUCUGGGAGGACUCGAUGCCUCUCUAUGUGCCGAACAGUGCCCUCAAGGCUAACGCCAAGGUCCACAAAUAG